AUGGGAUCCGCAUCAGAGCAACAAUUGGACGUGCUUAUCGUCGGCGCCGGUUUCAGUGGGAUUUGCCAGGCAUACAGCCUGCGUAACCUCGGGCUGUCCGUCAAAGUCAUUGACGCCCUUCCGGAUGUUGGAGGUACCUGGCUCACCAACAUCUAUCCUGGAGCUUUAAGUGAUACGGAGAGCUUUGUCUAUCGUUUCUCUUGGGACCGGGACGACCAGAAGGCUCAACCGUGGAAUCGCCGCUAUCUUCGACAGCCCGAGAUCUUGGCAUAUCUCAAUCGCAUCGUCGCGAAGCAUGAUUUACGCAAGUACAUGCAGUUCAACACGGAAAUGUUGUCGGCGACGUGGGAUCAGGGGACUAGCACAUGGGCCGUCCAGACCAGCACGGCAGAAGUUUUCCGGGUCCGCUAUUUCAUUCCUGCGUUGGGUGUCUUGUCUAAGGUGUACCUUCCUGACAUCCCGGGCGUCUCCACCUUCAAUGGGUGUUUUACGCACUCGUCCAGUUGGCCGAAGGAUCUCGAUGUGAGAAACAAGCGUAUCGGAGUUAUAGGCUGCGGUGCGAGUGGCGUCCAGAUCAUCACCAAUACUGCUCCUAUUGUCAAAUCGUUAAGGGCAUUUAUUCGUCACCCGCAGUUCACGGUGCCUAACAAUGAUAGACCCAUUUCGCCUGCUCAUAUGAACUGGCUCAAUGAGAAUUACGAUCAGAUAUGGGAGCAAGUUCGGGACUCAUUUUCUGGAUUCGGCUUCGUCGAGUCCAAUCGUCCUUUUUUCUCCGUCCCCCCCGAGCGACGUCACGAAUUACUGGAGGAUCAAUGGAACAAUGGCAACGGGAUGCAUUUCCUACUGGAGAUCUUCAACGACAUCGUCACGAACCAGAAAGCAAACGAGGAGGUAUGCGACUUUCUUCGUAGUAAGAUUCGCUGCAUUGUGAACGACCCUGAAAAGGCGCGCAAGCUUAUCCCCGAUGAGCUCUUUGCGCGCCGCCCCGUUUCGAACGAUGGGUACUACGACACCUUCAAUCGCGAGAAUGUGUCAAUUGUGGACCUGAAAGAGCAGCCCAUCGUGGAGGUCACUCCUGACGGUAUCCGGACCGGAGACGGCACCCUUCACGAACUCGACGUGAUAAUUUUUGCUACCGGGUUCGAUGCCAUUGAAGGCAAUCUCAUGCGCGUCAAUAUCACUGGCUGCGAUGGCAGGAGUCUCAAGGAUGUAUGGGCUGCUGGACCAAAGGCUUAUCUUGGAACUUUCGUAUCUGGAUUUCCGAACAUGUUCAUUGUCAACGGUCCACAGUCGUCCUUUGGAAAUGUUCCGCAAUCGAUUCAAGCAAGCGUCGACCUUAUCACUUGUGCUAUUCAGCAAGCAGAAACAGCGAGGCGCGAUUUAGGCGCGAUGGGCAUCGUCGUUGCCACACCAGAGGCCCAGGAGGGGUGGGACCACCUGUGCAGGGAACUAGCCAAAGGGAGCAUUUUAAGCAAAUCGAAGUAUUCCUGGCUUAACGGAGGCAAUAUCCCUGGUAAGCCAAACAGCGUGAGGGCUUAUUUGGGCGGGCUCAAUAGUUAUAGAGCCGAGUGGAACAAAGCUGUGAAUGAAACUUGGGAAGGCUUUGAGCCGCUUUCCUCGCCGUUGGUUGGAAACUCGUCUGCACACGCCAAACAACGUUCUGAGAAUUUCAUGUGUCCCCCCUAA